UCCCCCCCGAUGUAACCGCCGCUGCGGCCACUAUACGUGCAGCGUUCAUGCAGCAACCCCUCCGAAUCCCGCUAUCCGCCUCGACUCUCCCGCCUACAGCACCAAACGCAUCAGCGGCCUCAUGCCCCUGGUAGUAUCACUGGACAACGACUCCCUGCCGUGUGCGAUUCUUCAGCGCCGGCUCGCCCCGGACAUUCGCGACUCGACAGUAGCAACGACACCAGAAACAGCCGCACCGCGAGACUUCUAACAAGUUUACGAGGAGAAAACCUCUCCGAACCCGAAAUCCGCCCUUCCUCGCUCGUCGAGCCCUCUGCGGAGGUCGACGGGCGCGGGCCCUUGCAAACGAGCAGACGAAACACAGAAGCAAAGAAUAAACUCAGAGCAGACGACACGGAGAGCCCGCCAUGUCCAUCUACUCUGAGCCGCCGUCAUUGCGACCCUUUUCGGAGGACAAGCCCUCGCUGCUCGUCUGCUGGUGGGCAACCAUCUUCUGUGCCCUCAUGAUCCUGCUGCGCAUCGUCGGCCGCUUCAUCCGCACCGAGAAGCUCUUUAAUGAAGACAAGCUCGUCGCCCUCGCCCUGAUCCCGCUGUUCUUGCGCAUGGGCUGCGUCCACUUUAUCCUCGUUCACGGCACCAACAACUCCGACUUCACGGGAAUCACACUCUCUUCCGAGCAGCUGCACAAAAAGGCCGUGGCCAGCGGGCUUGUUCUGCUGGCUCGCAUACUCUAUGCAGCGACGCUAUGGAUUCUCAAAGGCACCAUUCUCGAAUUCCUGGCGCGAAUCACCGACCUGACAUGGCAGCGAUCUCAGCGAUACACGUUAAUCGCCAUCCGAUGCGCCCUCGGCCUCACCUUCAUCGCCGUCAUCAUUAGCGAUCUCGUCGAGUGUCAUCCCUUCAAGCAUUACUGGCAGGUCCUGCCUGACCCCGGCGGUCAGUGUCGUCAGGGCUUCGUCCAACUCAUCACCUUGGCCACCUGCAACGUCCUUACCGACCUGCUUCUCGUCAUUUUCCCCAUCCCCCUGAUCAUCCAGAGCCACAUGCCACUUGUCCGAAAAUUCCAGCUUCUGCUCCUCUUCUCUCUCAGCUUAUCAGUUGUCGGCGUCACCCUCUACCGGGUGCCACUCAUCAUCGACGCUCACGGACGCCAGCAGUACCGAUCGCUUCUCGCGUCCGUCGAACUCAUCUUCGCCACUGCGUCCGCGAACGCUCUUGUUUUGGGUUCGUUCGUCCGAGACCGAGGCGUCAAGAAACAGAAGCCUAGGCGAACGUCCACCGCUGCCGAGUCGUUCGAACGCCCCACCGUGCGAAGGCCAACGAUGCAGCGACAAUGGGGUAGUGAUGAAGACCUAGUGAGGGAUCUUGGACUGGCCGUUGAGCCUGAGCUGCGAGAGCAACCGGAACCCACUGAUGACCUGUACGCGCCCAUCAAGCCGAUGCGCUCUGUUGGACAUGACCGGCAGCAGCAGUGGGAUCGGCAGCAGCAAGAGGACAGCUCGCAUGAAAGCGGAAGCGGACAGCAGAGUGCACAAGAGAGCGGAGACCUGUUAAUCUACAAGACCGAAUCUCCCCACGAGUCCAGAAAGCUCUCGCUGUUCGAUGUCGGAGGUCUUCUCGAGGAUUCAGCUGGCACAAGCAGCGCAAGUUACCGCAGAGGGAGCAGCUACACCUCAUCUUCCAUGGACGCAAGCACCUCUCAAAACCCUCCUCAGGCGUCCAGAAAGGCCAGCACAAGCGGCGUUCGGCGUGGCUCAACAGCGCUGCUGCAGGACCUAGGAGGUCUUCUUUCCCCCCUCAACUCCAAGUCAUCGGUUCGGUCCAAGCAGAGGACGGGAACCGAGCUGCAGACCAUCCCGCAGUCUCAUCAGGAGCACCACACGUCGCCAGGCGAGACUUCAAACCUCGUUCUCAUGGACCCUGGCGGCCUCUUACGAUCGUGAAAGCGACGACGAAUCCCACGGCAGCCGCACCCACCUGCCGUUUCUGAUUUAACGAAUUAAUCUACGACUGGAGUUACGAGUAUUUUUACCAUUAUAUGUUCUAUUCUUCUUCCCUUCUAGAUCGUAUCCGUCAUGCAUGGCGCCGAGUAUGGUCCCCUUCUCUGUCAUAUAUGCGUAUACAUAUGGUACACUUGUUUUCUUUUCUUCUAGAGUAUCUGGAUGGGAAUGGCGUCGUUUUGAUGGCUCCUGGAUGUCCAGCUCAGAAGGCGAGCGCUUGGCAGGCGACGAGACGCGAUGGAGCUUGAGGUUGCCUCUGUUUUCUUUUCUUUUCGCUUUGGUACUUUGGUUGCAUAUACCCCGGUGAAUAGCACCGUUUUGUUGUUGAGAAGAGAGGCCUUGGGUGCAUUACCCU